UCCUCCUCCUCCUCCUCCUCCUCCCCCCCCCGGUGAGGUGCCGGGGCUGCGGCGGGAACGGCCGGGAGCGAUCGGAACGCCCCCCCCCCGCGCCACCGACACCGUGGAAGUGGAGUGUGAGGAGGAGGAGGAGGGCCCCGCGCACACAGGCGGCUCGGCGGAGCACAGGCUGGGCCGCCCGGGUGCCCAGGAGCUGGACGAGGGCUCGGCCCGGCGGCCGCCGGCGCAGGAUGAGGCCCCCCCUUCCCAGCAUGCCCUGGGGCAGGCGGGCGGCCCCGGGGCCCCCCCCCGCCCCCCACCCUGCCCCCACCCGCCGCUGCACCCCCAGCUCCCUCCGGCCAGAAUGACGGGCAGCAACCCGGUGUCCCCCGCCUCCUCGGGCUCCCCCGGCAGUGUCUCGCCCCCCGCCUCCUCGCCCGCCGGCCCCCCCCCGCCCCGAUGGCCCCCCCGGCCCCCCGGAACCCCCCAGCCUCUGGGACAAGACCCACGCCGAGAUCGCCGAGCAGGCCAAGCACGAGGCGGAGGUGGAGCACCGGGUGGCGGAGAUGAAGCGCGAAGGCUUCUGGUCGUUGCGGCGUCUGCCCAAGGUCCCGGAGCCGGCCCGCCCCAAGGUCCACUGGGAUUAUCUCUGCGAGGAGAUGCAGUGGUUGGCCGCCGACUUUGCCCAAGAACGGCGCUGGAAGAGGGGUGUCGCCCGCAAGGUGGUGCGGAUGGUGAUGCGGCACCACGAGGAGCAGCGGCAGAAGGAGGAGCGGGCCAAGCGGGAGGAGCAGGCCAAGCUACGCCGGGUGGCCGCUGCCAUCGCCAAGGAGGUCAAGCAGUUCUGGAGCAACGUGGAGAAGGUGGUGCAGUUCAAGCAGCAGUCGCGGCUGGAAGAGAAGCGGAAGAAGGCCCUGGACCUGCAGCUGGACUUCAUCGUGGGCCAGACCGAGAAGUACUCGGACCUGCUGAGCCGAAGCCUCAACGCCCCCCGGGCCCCCCCCGGGGCUCCCCGUCGGGGUCCCCCCGCCCCCCACUCCCACCUCGCCCACCAAGAAGAUGGGGACACGGAGCUGCAGGACGAGGACGUCGCCGAGGGUCCCCCCCCCGAGGCGCGGCGCCGGGAGCUGGAGCUGCUCAAGCGGGAGGGGGAGCUGCCCUUGGAGGAGCUGCUGGGCUCCCUGCCCCCCCAGGCGCUGCUGCGGAGGAACAAGCGGCCUUGGGAACCCCGCGAGGAGGACGAGGAGUUUGCGGCCGAGGAGGAGGAAGGCGAGGACGAGGAGGAGACGAUCGCAGCGCAGGAGCGGCUGGAAGGUGACGUCGACCACAAGCAGGAGCUGGACGACCUGGCCCGCGAGGGGGCGCUGCCGAUGGAGGAGCUGCUGCAGCAGUACGCCGGCGCCUUCGCCGACUCCGACUGCGACUCUCCCCCUGGCGCCAGCAGCACCCGCUCGGAUUCGCCAGCGGCCGAGAGCGACGACGAGGAGGAGGAGGAGGAAGAAGAGGAGGAGGAGGAAGAGGAAGAGGAGGAGGACGAAGAGGAAGAAGAAGAAGAGGAGGAGGAGGAGGAGGAAGAGGAGCAGGAGGAGACCGAGGCGGGUGCUCCCGCCCCCGAAGACCCUUCCCCGCCACCGGGCACCCAAGAGCACCCAGGAGGGCCCCCGCCAGCCGCUCCCCCCCCCCCCCCCACCGCCCCCACCCCCAAGAAGGAGAUCACCGACAUCGCCGCCGCCGCCGAGAGCCUCCAGCCCAAGGGCUACACCUUGGCCACCACCCAGGUGAAGACGCCCAUUCCCCACCUGCUGCGGGGCACCCUACGGGAGUACCAGCACAUCGGACUGGACUGGUUGGUCACCAUGUACGAGAAGAAACUCAACGGGAUCUUGGCCGACGAGAUGGGGUUGGGCAAGACCAUCCAAACCAUCUCCCUCCUGGCCCACCUCGCCUGCGAGAAGGGCAGCUGGGGCCCCCACCUCAUCAUCGUGCCCACCAGCGUGAUGCUCAACUGGGAGAUGGAACUGAAACGCUGGUGCCCCAGUUUCAAGAUCCUCACCUACUACGGGGCACAGAAGGAGCGUAGGCUGAAGCGGCAGGGCUGGACCAAACCCAACGCCUUCCACGUCUGCAUCACCUCCUACAAGCUGGUCCUGCAGGACCAUCAAGCUUUCCGCCGGAAGAACUGGAAGUAUCUGAUCUUGGAUGAGGCUCAAAACAUCAAGAACUUCAAGUCUCAGCGUUGGCAGUCCCUCCUCAAUUUCAACAGCCAACGGCGGUUGUUGCUGACGGGGACGCCGCUGCAGAACAGCCUGAUGGAACUGUGGUCCCUGAUGCACUUCCUGAUGCCCCGCGUCUUCCAGUCGCACCGGGAAUUCAAGGAGUGGUUCUCCAACCCCCUGACCGGCAUGAUCGAGGGUAGCCAGGAGUACAACGAGAGCCUCGUCAAGCGGCUCCAUAAGGUGCUCCGCCCUUUCCUGCUCCGCCGGUUGAAGGUGGACGUGGAGAAGCAGAUGCCCAAGAAGUACGAGCACGUUCUCAAGUGCCGCCUCUCCAAGCGCCAGCGCUACCUCUACGAUGACUUCAUGGGCCAGGCCAGCACCAAGGCCACCCUGGCCAGCGGACAUUUCAUGAGCGUCAUCAACGUGCUGAUGCAGCUCCGCAAGGUUUGCAACCAUCCCGAUCUCUUCGAGCCCCGGCCCGUCCACUCGCCCUUCAUCACUGAAGGCAUUUGCUUCGUCACCGCCUCCCUCGUCCUCCGUGCCCUCGACCCCGACCCCUUCAAGCACGUGGACAUGGGGCUGUUCGACCUGGUGGCCCUGGAGGGCCGGGUGUCCCGCUACGCCGCCGACACCUUCCUGCCCCGCUGGCGGGUGACGCGUCGCCUGGUCGAGGACGUCGCCGCCGCCCCUGACCCCCCGCCGCGCCCCAAGCCCGUCCGCAUGAAAGUCAACCGGAUGCUGCAGCCGGUGCCGAAGGCGGAGAGCCGGGCGGUGCUGCUGCUCAACAGCCCCCGCCCCGGGGGGGGGACCCCCGCCCCCGCUGGGGGUGCUGCCCCUCGGCCCCGCCCCUCCGCCUGCUGGACACGCCCCCUCACCCACUGGGCACGCCCCCCAGCCCGCCGGGCACGCCCCUCUGCUGGUGGGCCCCGCCCCUCCCGGGGUGACGUUGGCUCCCGCCCUGCUGGCUCCUGCCCCCCCCCGUCCCCGCCCCCUCCGCGGUAGGCUCCGCCCCCGCCGGUGGGGCUCCGCCUCCUGCCGCUGCUGCCCCCCUGCUGCCCCCUGGGGGGGCGGGGCUGGGGCUGGGGCUGGGAUUGGCCCUGGCGGCCCCGCCCCGGCCUCCCCCCACCCUGCUGCCUGCGC